CAGCCUCCGAUGCAAUUAACCCAAGAAGGCGAAUCUGUGAAGGGGGAUUCCACGCUGACCACCGCAGCUCUCCAGUCCCACGGCAGCGCCGGUUCUCUGGCCAAAAUGUGCAGCGAAUGUUACGUGAAUCAGUCAUUCGUGAACGACGAUGGGACCGUGAACCACCACAAGCCACGCUCUUCUCCAGCACCACUUCAGACCAACAGCAACAGCAGUGAGGUUAUCUUAGACAUCUCCAACCUUAAGAUGGAGCAGCCGGAGAGCGAGGUGCCUCCACUCCCGCCUCGUUUCCGCUUCAGAGACCUGCUGCUCGGGGACCAGAGCUUUCAGAAUGAGGACAGGGUGCAGGUGGAGUUUUACGUGAACGAAAACACCUUCAAGGAACGUCUGAAGCUUUUCUUCAUCAAAAACCAAAGAUCAAGCCUAAGGAUUCGAGUGUUCAACUUCUCGCUGAAGCUGCUCACCUGUCUGCUGUACAUCAUCAGAGUGGUUACAGACCCUGGUCAGGCCACCAGCGCCAGUAACAGCACAGAACAACAAAUCACUUCCAGUGGCAACAACAAAUGUGUGGACUGUCAGUGGAACGGAUCAGUGCAGGACAGAGAAAUUAACUGGGAGCUGAUCUUCUGGGUGGAUAGAAAAGCUCCUGUCUGGGCCAUUCAAGUCAUUGUGGCCAUCAUAAGUUUCCUGGAGACGAUGUUGUUGAUGUAUCUGAGCUACAAGGGGAACAUUUGGGAGCAGAUUUUCCAGGUGUCCUUUCUUCUGGAGAUGAUCAACACCGUUCCCUUCAUCAUAACAAUCUUCUGGCCCUCGAUUCAGAACAUCUUCAUCCCCGUGUUUCUCAACUGCUGGCUGGCCAAAUGUGCUCUGGAGAAUAUGAUUAACGACGUGCACAGAGCCAUCCAGAGGACAAACUCAGCCAUGUUCAACCAGGUCCUGAUUCUCAUCUGCACUUUACUCUGCCUUGUUUUCACUGGCACAUGUGGAAUCCAGCAUCUGGAGCGAGCGGGAAGGAACCUCUCACUCUUCAACUCCUUCUACUUCUGCAUCGUCACCUUCUCCACCGUGGGCUUCGGAGACGUUACUCCCCGCAUAUGGCCGUCCCAGCUGCUGGUUGUCAUCAUGAUCUGUGUGGCUCUGGUAGUUCUGCCUCUCCAGUUUGAGGAGCUGAUCUACCUGUGGAUGGAAAGACAGAAGUCUGGAGGGAAUUACAGCCGUCACAGAGCUCAGACAGAGAAACAUGUUGUACUGUGCGUCAGCGCACUCAAAAUAGACCUGCUCAUGGAUUUCCUCAACGAGUUCUACGCCCAUCCUAGACUGCAGGAUUACUACGUGGUGAUCCUGUGCCCGACUGAGAUGGACCUCCAGGUGCGGAGAGUUCUGCAGAUCCCACUGUGGUCACAGAGGGUCAUUUAUCUGCAGGGAUCUGUCCUCAAGGAUCAGGAUCUACUCCGGGCCAAAAUGGAUGACGCAGAGGCUUGUUUCAUUCUGAGCAGUCGGAAUGAGGCAGAUCGCAUGGCUGCGGACCAUCAGACCAUCCUGAGAGCCUGGGCAGUGAAGGACUUUGCACCAAACUGUCCCCUUUAUGUGCAAAUACUGAAACCAGAAAACAAGUUCCACGUAAAAUUCGCUGAUCAUGUUGUGUGUGAGGAAGAAUUCAAGUAUGCCAUGUUGGCUCUCAACUGUGUUUGCCCUGCAACGUCCACCUUGGUCACUCUCCUCGUACACACCUCCCGUGGACGGGAAGGACAACAGUCUCCAGAGCAGUGGCAGAGGAUGUACGGGUGUUGUUCUGGCAACGAGGUCUACCACAUCCGACUGUGCGACAGCAAGUUCUUUGGAGAGCAUAAUGGCAAAAGCUUCACAUACGCCUCCUUCCAUGCUCACAAGAAGUAUGGCGUGUGUCUGAUUGGAAUAAAGAGGGAAGACAACAAGAGCAUCCUCCUGAACCCUGGCCCGCGCCACAUCAUGGCCGCCACAGACACCUGCUACUACAUCAACAUCACCAAGGAGGAGAACUCGGCGUUCAUCUUCAACCAGGAGGAGAGGAAGGGACGAUCUGCUGGGGGAAUCUACGAUGGGCCCUCACAGCUUCCUGUGCACAGCAUCAUUGCGAGCAUGGGUACUGUUGCCAUGGAUCUUCAGAAUACGAGUCCGCCCGACGUCUCAGGUGGACAACUGGUCCCGCCGACAGUGAACGGGACGGGGAGCCGCCGGCCGAGCAUCGCUCCCGUUCAGGAGCUCGCUGACUCCGCCUCCAUCCUGCCCUGUGACCUUCUUGGCGACCAGUCGGAGGAUGACUCGGUUUUUACAGAUGAGAAAGACAACUCGUCACCUGAGUAUGUGAAAGGUUAUCCCCCGAACUCUCCGUACAUUGGGAGCUCGCCCACCUUGUGCCAUCUGUUGGCUGAAAAAGCCCCGUUUUGCUGCCUACGACUGGACCAGGGCUGCAGGCACAACAGUUUUGAGGACGCAAAGGCUUACGGUUUUAAAAACAAGCUGAUCAUCGUGUCAGCCGAGACCGCGGGGAACGGCCUCUAUAACUUCAUAGUGCCUCUCAGAGCGUACUACAGACCCAGGAAAGAGCUCAACCCCAUUGUAUUGCUGCUGGAUAACCCGCCAGAUAAUCACUUUCUGGAGGCAAUCUGCUGUUUCCCUAUGGUCUACUACAUGGCUGGGACUAUAGACAACCUUGACAGUCUGCUGCAGUGUGGUAUUAUCUAUGCAGAUAAUUUGGUUGUUGUGGAUAAGGAGAGCACAAUGAGUGCCGAGGAGGACUACAUGGCCGACGCUAAAACCAUUGUCAAUGUGCAGACCAUGUUCAGAUUGUUUCCCAGUCUCAGCAUCAUCACGGAGCUUACUCAUCCAUCCAACAUGAGAUUCAUGCAGUUCAGAGCAAAGGACUGUUAUUCACUGGCUCUCUCCAAGCUGGAGAAGAAAGAGCGCGAUAAAGGCUCUAACUUGGCCUUCAUGUUUCGCCUUCCCUUUGCUGCGGGCCGGGUGUUCAGCAUCAGCAUGCUGGACACACUGCUCUAUCAGUCGUUUGUGAAGGACUACAUGAUCCUCAUCGCGAGGCUGCUUCUGGGACUGGACACCACUCCCGGAUCAGGAUACCUCUGUGCUAUGAAAGUGAACGAGGAGGAUCUGUGGAUCAGCACGUACGGCAGACUCUUCCAGAAACUCUGCUCCUCCAGUGCGGAAAUUCCCAUCGGCAUCUAUCGCACGGAGUCCCACAUUUUCAAUUCUUCUGAGUCUCAGGUGUCGGUCAGUGUGGACGACUGCGAGGACACCAAGGACAGAGCGGACGAGCCCCGCAGCAACGACCAGUCGGAUCACCCCCUGCUGAGGAAGAAGAGCAUGCAGUGGGCGCGGCGGCUCAGUAAGAAGAGCAUGAGGUGGCAGGGCAUGAGCAGGGACUCCAGCAAAGACCACGGCCAGCGCAUCGCACAGCAGCGCCUCAACCUCUACAGACGCUCCGAGAGGGAGGAGCUGUCCGAACUGGUCCGCAACCGCAUGAGACACCUGGGCCUCCCCACGUCGGGAUAUGAAGACCUGACUAAUCUGACUGCUAGUGAUGUCAUGAACAGAGUCAAUCUGGGAUAUUUACAAGAUGAACAGAACGAUCAACAAAACACCCUCUCAUACGUCCUGAUUAACCCGUCUCCUGAUACCAGACUGGAGCUCAAUGACAUUGUGUACCUGAUUCGUUCAGACCCCCUCGCUCAUGUCCCAGAUGAGCCGCCCGUCCACAGCAGCAGCCUGAAAGAGAGACACGAGUCCAGCUUUGACGUCAGAGAGGACACGCAGCUUUGAGAGCACAUCGCUGACCUUCACGGGUUCAGUCAUUUCUAAUCACCCCCGUCACCCCCGUCAGUUUUCGUGGGGGGGUCCAGUUGUGUCCACACAGGUCCAGCGUGACACUGGACAAGCUGUGCCAUAAUGUUCCAGCACUGCACUCUAUUUUUAUGGGAUGAUUGCCUCCAAAUUGACGGGUGACGUAUGAUGUCACCUUUGGACAUUUUCAUCCUCUCGACACAGGAUGUGAGAGCAGUGUAUUUAUUUGUGACGAGGCUCUUUCCUGCGGACACUCUGGUCGUAUCACACUCGCUCAUCGCCUACAAAGUUGUCCUGAGAGUCAAUUUUAUUCAACAAACAAAACUAUUAAGAUCACAUUUGUUUUGGAUUGUGGCUUUUUCAGAUGACCAGAAACCACAUGCAGAGGCCAUUACACGUACAUACUUAAGAUAUAACUUUCAAUAAUAGUAAAAAAAACAACAUGUGCAUUUAAAGCUUUAAUUUGAAGCUUAUUUUUGUAGCUGAACAAUAGAGGUGCCGUGGUUAUUCAGUAGUGUGGAAGUCUAAAAAACAUCGGUGGUUACUUAUCUGUACAUGUCUUUGGUUGGAUGAUUUUUUCUUUGCACUUUAGGCGCUUUGUUCAACUUUUUAACCCUGUUCCAUGUCAUGCAUUCAGUAUUGUGUCAUUAUCUAAUUUGUACUAUAUUACAAAAUCAGAGAACCUCAUUUCACGUUCAGCUCUGCUCGGUGGUUUUGUGGCUGUUUGGGUGAGAAAUGUACUUUUAAAACGCUACGUCUUGUACACAGGAAUUUUCAAUUUUUUUGACUUAUAUAUACAGUAUAUAUUUAAAUGUUGGAAAUAUUUGUACGUGAGCUUGUACAUUAAAGUGCCGUUGUAUGAAAAAAGCAUGUUGUAUCUGUUCUGAUAAUUCAACCUUUGGAAUGGAAAUGAAGGAGUGUUUAGUAAUUGAAUGAGAUGAAUGCCUUAAUGUAAUGGUUACACCUCUUUCAUGUGACCCAGAAAGAUUUGC